GUGUUUGUGUCGCUUUUAUUCUGACACAAAGCCACUAGGAGUGUUUUGAAGAAGCACAGCAGUGAGUCGCUUAUGAUAUGACGCACAAUUGCUGCGACGCGCCUUCGACUCAAACAAGAUGGCGGCUCACACAGGAGAGAAGCGUGGUCUCGAACACUUAGACCAAUAUGAACCAAAAACAGCGAAACGACCACGAAAUAUGCACGACAAAAUGAUAGAGGCUCGACUUGUUGUUGUUUUGGAAGGAGCGACGCUGGAAACCGUGAAAGUUGGGAAGACAUUCGAGCUACUGAACUGUGACCAACACAAGAAUAUUAUAAUAAAGAGUGGAAGGGAUCCUGGCAAUGUUCGCCCAGAUAUCACUCAUCAGUCUCUGCUUAUGUUGAUGGACAGCCCAUUGAACAGAGCAGGACUGCUGCAGGUGUACGUUCACACUGAGAAGAAUGGUCUGAUCGAGAUCAAUCCUCAGACACGAAUUCCCCGCACCUUCCCUCGCUUUUGUGGACUCAUGGUGCAGCUCCUGCACAAGCUGAGUGUGAGAGCGGCUGAUGGGCCGCAGCGCUUGCUGAGGAUGAUUAAAAACCCCGUUUCAGACCACUUGCCUGCAGGAUGCCCACGCUAUGCUACAUCCUUCAAAGCAGGAGAAGCAGUCUGUUCCAGAACCCUCGUCCCAAAGGAUGGUCCUGCUGUGGUGGUUGUUGGAGCAUUUGCACAUGGAACAGUAAAUGUGGACUACACAGAGAAGACAGUUUCCAUCAGUAACUACCCUCUGUCUGCAGCUCUUACAUGUUCCAAAAUAUGCUCUGCGUUUGAGGAGGCCUGGGGAGUGUUGUGAUAAAAACAUACGUGCUAAACUUUGGGUCAAACUUGGCGCUUAUCUGUGUGUGCGGACCAAUGCAAUGCUAAAUCUUCACUUCUUUUUAAGUGAAACUGGUCAGUUUUCUAUCGUGGUCACAUGAGUAGGCAGUAGUAAUAUUCUUUAUCACACUGAUGAUAACCCAACACUCCUGUCACUGUCAUGUGCUUUCUGUGGUGAUCACACAAAUAUUUGAUAUUUUAAUGUCAUGAUAAAAUCUCAGUGCCUGUGUACCGAUAAAACAGAAUUUCUUUGUCUCUAAAACGUAACUAUUGUUGAUUUUAGUGUGUUAAAGGGCUGAAAGUAGAAACACAAAGAACAGAUUGCAUGUAGGACAUAAGGACAUUCUGCUAAGAUUUUAAUAAAUGUACAGCUAUGUGAAUUAGAAAUGUUUGGGGUUUUUUUUUUUUCUGACAUUAAAAGACAGCAACUCACAAAA